CUAUGGGCAACUGCACAACUCUUCUUCUACACAAGUUUUGAUAAAUCUCCUUCAAUUUGAUUUUAUGCUGAGGAUCCAGGGCAGUGUUUUCCAACCUUGUGGCUCUUUAGCAAAACUACAACUCCCAUCAUGCCGUAGUUUUGAAAAACCCAGAGAGUCCACAGGGUGGAGAACUGUGCUCUUAGUCCAUGGCCUCUACUCAUUUUGGGGGCGAGAAAUGACCCUAUUUGACGCUUCAAUAAUGUAUUUUGGCAGCAGAAACUAACAAGAGCGAGCCGUAAGCCCGGAACGCGUGUUCGACUCUAUUGUUUCCGGGGGGAGUCUUGUUUGGUUGCACGCACGUGGAAGUGACAGGCUCGCGGCGGCAGUGCCGGGUAUCUGUGUGUACGCGCUCACUUUGAUUUAGUAACAUACUAAUGCCCAGACAAAAUACUCAAGCUCAGAAGUUUUUCUCCUAGUGAAGUCAACAGCAUUUUCUUGGCCAAAAUGGAUGAAGAACCAGAAAAAACUAAGAGAUGGGAAGGUGGCUAUGAGAGAACUUGGGAGGUUCUCAAAGAAGAUGAAUCUGGAUCACUGAAGGCUACAAUUGAUGAUAUUCUGUUCAAGGAUAAAAGGAAAAGAGUGUUUGAACAUCAUGGACAGGUCCGCCUGGGAAUGAUGCGUCACAUGUUUGUGAUAAUUGACGGAUCCAGAACAAUGGAUGAUCAAGACCUAAAACCCAACAGACUUAUUAGCACUUUAAAAUUGCUGGAAUAUUUUGUGGAUGAAUACUUUGAUCAAAACCCUAUAAGUCAGGUUGGACUUCUUGUCACUAGAAAUAAAAGAGCUGAAAAGCUGACCGAGCUUGCUGGUAACCCCAGGCAGCAUAUAGCAGCACUGAAGAAAGCCGUAGACAUGACCUGCAGUGGCGAGCCUUCCCUGUACAAUUCUCUCAACCUUGCGCUGCAGACACUAAAACACAUGCCUGGACACACAAGUCGUGAAAUCUUGGUGAUUUUUAGCAGCCUGACAACAUGUGAUCCAUCCAAUAUAUAUGACAUUAUUAAGUCCCUAAAAGCCAGCAAAAUCAGGGUGUCUGUUAUCGGGCUUUCUGCAGAGGUGCGAGUCUGCACUGUGCUUACUAAGGAGACUGGAGGAGCUUAUAAUGUCAUUUUGGAUGAGAGUCACUAUAAAGAGCUUCUGAUGCACCAUGUCAGUCCUCCAGCAAGUAACGGCUCUGAGUGCUCCCUUAUACGCAUGGGCUUCCCUCAGCAUACAGUGUGUUCUCUCUCUGAUCAAGAUGCAAAGCCUUCAUUUAGCAUGGCGCACCUGGAUAGUAACAGUGAACCAGGCCUCACCCUUGGUGGCUAUUUCUGCCCUCAGUGCAAAGCCAAAUACUCUGAACUUCCUGUGGAAUGCAAAGUUUGCCGCCUUACAUUAGUGUCUGCUCCUCACCUGGCUCGUUCAUAUCAUCACUUGUUUCCUUUGGAUGCUUUUAAAGAAGUUACCCUAGCAGAAUAUGAAGGGGAGAGGUAUUGUCGAGGCUGUGAUGGAGAACUGAAUGAUCAGCAAGUUUACAUCUGUACAGUAUGUGACUGCGUCUUCUGUGUGGAGUGCGACUUGUUCAUUCAUGACUCCUUACAUUGUUGUCCUGGGUGCAUUCAUACACAGCCAAACUCAAUGGUAUCAUGAGGAUAAGUCUUGUGUAUAGAUCUGUCCUCGAUGAAAUAACAGAACUUGUCUUGUGCUAUUUCCAUCACUGUUGCUUUGCACAAGCCACAUAUAAAGAAACACUUGAAUUCUGUGAAAUCAACAACUAUUAUGGAUGGAUGAUCUAUAUUGAAUGCCACUGGACACUAUGUUGGAUGAAAAAAGAAUUAAUGGAGAGAUCUUCCCAUCACAUAACGUGAAAUGCUUUAUUAUUUGUCACCUGUUUCAUUCAAUAGGUUCUGGAUGGCAUGCAUUUUACUGCAUUCCCUUAAAGGGGUUGUACUGUAAUAAAAAAAAAAGGCAAUUAAUUGUCAUACAGGUCUGAUCAUGGAAGUCCACCAAUCCUAAAGACAGCCUGUGAAUGUGCUGACCUCCCAGAGGAGAAAUGGUUGUUUAUGCACACUUACACUACUUUUACAAAGAUAGAGUUAGAACAGUCAGAAGUUUCCAUAAGUGCAAAAAUAGUUGUUGGAAUUUUUAAAAACUGUAUUACUCAAUUCAUUAAGCACAAACCGGAACUAGCCAAAAAAAGGAGGGGGGGGGGAGAAUAAACUUUUAUUUGCACCACUGUCCCAGUGCCGCUGCCACUUCCCUGCCGGCCUUGGUGGUCUCUUCCUGCAUGUAUGGCAAAUGACAGCUUUUGUCUGCAGUAAGUCAUGAGCACUUGACGUGACCCCCAACGUAGCAGUCUAGGCGGUAGACCUCACGUGUGGUGAAUUAAGGAGUGAGUAGGGAGGCCCUCGCUGACAUUCAUAAUUGAGAUAAGUAGACAGGGAGGGAAUUCCCCCCCCCUAUUAGGUAGAAGCCCUAUAAGAUAGGAAGGUAGGGAAUUCCAAAUUAGGUAGAAGCCCCCAGUAGGUAGAGAAUCCACCCUAUUAGGUAGAACCCCUCCAGAAGAUAGGUAGGUAGGGAGUCCCCCUUUUAGGUAGAAGCCUACAGUAGUCAGGUAGAUAGGGAACCUCCUGUGCUGAAGCAUCUGCAUCCUCUGCUCUUUUUUGUGGUGCAGGACCUACUGCUGCAGACUGCUUGAUGACAUAAUUUCAUUGUGUGACAUGUCCUGCACCGCUCUGGAUAAUGGAGAGGAUGAUUAAAAGGCCUCCGAGCAUAUCUGUGAGUAUGGGGAACAUUUGCACGAGUGCAAGUACUUGUAUCAGCAGUAUCAGGACAUCACUAGUGCUGAAUAAAGUUUAUUUUUUAUUUUUUUCCUUUUAAACCAUUUUAAAGGGAAACUGACAAACGAAUGAACUUCACUAAACUGAAUAUACAGGUGGUUAGUGUGGAUGAUCCGAAGUAAAACAUUGUAUUCCUUACUCCAAUUUGUUCAGCUUUUCCAAAGAUAUAGCGCAAUCUUGCAAUAUGCUAAUGAACUCUUAACUGCACUGGAGGCGGGUCUGAAGACUAUCUGCACCUCUGACACUGUCCCCUGGGUCCUGUUCGCACCACCCCACUUAUCCCACUUAUUAUUCAGGUUAGUGGGGUUAAUCCAUCUGUCAGUUUUCUUUCAAAGACUAUCUCCACCAGGACCAGUCUGUUUUGCUUACUGAUUGUGUUCCCCCGCUAACAGGUAAAAUUUCAUGCAGGUCUCCUAGGACACAACCCUUGUAAAAGUCUAAUGUUUAGCCUGUUAAGAAAUUUUUGUUCUAUUUUUUUUACAUAUUAAAAUCAUUCCUGUGGAUUCUG